AUGUACCUCCUUGUGUACGUGGAUGAUAUUGUCCUCGUUAGCUCCUCUCCGACGGCUGCUGAUGCUCUUGUGACUGCGCUUGGUCGUGAUUUUGCAGUUAAGGAUUUGGGACAACUUCAUUUCUUCCUGGGUAUUGAAGUCGCUCAUCGGUCUCGUGGCAGUUUGGCUCUCACCCAGAAGAAGUACUCUCUUGAUCUUCUGCGCCGUGCUGGUAUGCUCAAGUGCAAGACAUCGCCUACACCCAUGUCCUCCACUGACAAACUUUCAGCUGCUGAUGGUACUCUUCUAUCUCCUGAGGAUGCUACCGAGUACAAGAGUAUUGUUGGUGGCCUGCAGUAUCUGACGAUCACACGUCCUGAUCUAUCCUUUGCGGUUAACAGGGUGUGCCAGUAUCUUCAUGCACCUACUAACAUGCACUGGUCUGCCGUGAAGCGCAUAUUGCGCUAUGUGCGUCUUACCGUCUCCUUUGGUCUUCAUCUGCACCCCAGUUCCUCUGGAGUUCUUUCUGCAUUCUCAGAUGCUGAUUGGGCUGGGUGUCCAGAUGACAGGCGAUCUAUGGGGGGGCAUGCAGUGUUCUUGGGGCCUAAUCUGAUCGCCUGGAGUGCAUGCAAGCAAGCCACUAUUUCCCGCAGUAGCAUAGAGGUUGAGUACAAGUCAGUUGCCAAUGCGACUGCUGAACUUAUAUGGAUUGAGUCCCUAUUUCGAGAGCUAGGAGUUGCUCAGCCACAUCCGUCGGUCCUCUAG